AUGCUGAUGAUCCUGCUGGGUGUCGUUGGUUUGAGUUACGCUGCCAUUCAGAGACCUGACUAUGAUGAUACACCCAACCCGGAGUUCCUCAACCCGUCCUGGAUGGCCAGUAUCCCUGAUGAUCGUCUGCUGUCUGCGAUCACCAUGCCUGGGACACACAACGCCAUGGCCCUGUACAGCGGUGUGUAUGCUGAAUGCCAGACCUGGAGCUUGGCCUCAGCCAAGUUCAGCGAGACCUAUGACAUCUACGGUGCCGUGGUGGACCACAUACAUCGCUAUGCUCACUGGGACCUGCUGUGGCACAGCCGGCUCGUGCCAACCAUGGGAGAGGCCCGAGGGAAGCUCAUCAUCCUGCAAGACUUUCCAGGGCCAGACUCGGGGAUGCGCUAUGGAUCCAUGGACAUAGCUGACAACUGGAGGGUUCCCACACUUCUGCACGUGAAAGAAAAGUGGCAGAGCGAACACCUGGAGGCUGCACCUGCAGGAAACAUGGCCCAGACCUUUCUCACCUACAGCAGUGGAGCUGGCGUGUUUGCAUACCCCAGAGCCAUCGCUCAGCGCAUCAAUGCACAACUGUACGACUACCUGAGGGCCAAGACAGACCUGAACCAGUGCCUUGGAAUCAUAUGCAUGGACUUCCCUGCUGCUCCCAUUAUUCAAAUGAUCAUUGAUUUCCAGCUAAAAGAGGUCACAAACAGAAGACAAGCCUUUAACCCACUUUCUAGCAAGGCAAGUUUGAAAUAUAAAAUUUCUUCUCUGAGAAAGAAGAUGAACAAACAUUUUAAUAUUAAUGUCUGA